GCUUCUCCUGUUCCCAGAUAUCUGAUCACUGCACCAAGCAUCAUUCAUGUUGAUGUACCAGAGAGUGUAACCGUUCAGCUACAAGGAGUCACCAAGACGAUCAACGUCAAGGUCUAUUUGUACGAUGAAAUAGACCGACAAAAAGUAUCGGAAGACGUGGAUUUUUCUCUAUCGACACAUAAUGAAUACCGAGAGAUUAAAGAAAUUGUUGCACUCUCCGCCAAAGUGAAACAGUUGGACUUGUGGCAUCGCAAGACAGCGUAUCUCUCGUUAGUGGCAGAGUGCUCCGAACUCUUCGCCGGGAGGAGGAUGACUAAGGUCCUGCUAUCUUCCAAGAAGGGCUACAUAUUUAUCCAGACCGACAAGCCGAUAUACACCACGGAUGAGCAAGUGAAAUACAGGAUUUACACUCUGGAUAACUACAUGAGGCCUUCGACCGAGAGCAUCAAGAUCACUAUUUAUAACUCCAAGAAUGUCCAGUUCUACCAACGCACGUGGAGAUGCAAUAAGGUCUUCAACCGACAGUUCAAUAUCCCAGACAUCGCAGAGCCAGGGAACUGGCGGAUUGAUGCAGAGUUGAACGAUUUUCCGAUGUCCCGUGUUUCCGCUGAAUUUGAAGUCAAGGAAUUUGUUUUGCCCAGUUUCAAAGUCGAGCUGAGGUCUGAAGAAAUGUAUUAUCUGAUCUCAAGAGAGGAAUUUCGAUUCAAAAUCGCGGCAAGCCACACGUUUGGGAAGACAGUGACGGGAAUGGCGUACGUGAGAUUCGCCAUCAUGGACGAUGGGAAGCAAAAAAUCUAUCUCCGGGGGCUGGAGCAACAACUCGAGAUGAAGAGCGGAGAGGCAGUAUCUUCCGUAAAGAGCCGGGAUAUAUCGGAAAGUUACUCUUCGAAACCUUUGAGUGAGCUUGUGGGUCACCGCCUCUACAUAGCCGUAACCGUCUUUGAAAUAUCCAGUGGGCUCAUGGAGGAACUGGAGAUUAGCAACAUCAAGUUCGUAUCCUCCCCGUACAUCAUCGACCUAUCGAGGACACUCAGCUACUUCACCCCUCAGCUGCCAUUCAGUGUUCUGGUCCGGAUAACUUAUCCUGAUGGGUCUCCUGCUAACAACGUCCCGGUCUGGCUAGAGGAACUCGGGAGUUUAAAAACAAAUAAGGAUGGAAUGGUUUUGUUAUCAAUGUCACCGCCAUCCAACACAGAGACAUUUGACAUCAAGGUAUUCGCUGGAGAUCAGAAGGACGGGGAGAUCAGUGAAGCACAGAAGAAAAUUCAAAUGUACCAGUCAGAGAACAAGAACUAUCUCCACAUUUCGGUGCCACCGAAUGUGCUUGAUCCUGAGAGCUCGCUGUCUGCUGAUAUCAGCGCCAUUACAGCACCGAAUGCUGGGGCAGUCGAGUUCUAUUACUUUCUGAUCAUCAGCAAAGGCAAGGUUGUGAAGAUGGGCCACGUGCAGAAGUCGCAGCUGACCAAACUCACUGUGCCACUGAGCGUGGAGAUGGUCCCUUCCUUCCGCCUCGUCCUCUACUACUUCAUCAGUGUCGGCGGCAAGACUGAGAUGGUCGCAAACUCCGCCUGGAUUGAUGUGAAAGAUGUCUGCGAGGCGGAGAUUGAGAUCAACGUUGAGAAGAAUGAAUAUGAACCCGAUAGUGCCGCAGGUAUAACGAUUCAAAUGGGAGAUGCAGGACAAGCAUCUCUUGCUAUGGUGGACAGUGCAAUCUAUAUCCUCAACAGCAAGAAUAAACUUACAACCAAACAGUUAUUCGAACGAAUGAACUCCUACGAUCUUGGCUGCAGUUUUGGUGGAGGAAUGGACAAUGUGCAUGUGUUCAUGGAUGCCGGGCUGGCUUUUAUUUCCAACACCGAUGCCUCAAAGUUCGCGAAGGACUCGCCAGGUGCGUUUGGGGACGCGGAUACGGGACCCAAGUGCAAGCAUGGUCUUGGUGGACUCUGGGAAGCUCGAUGGGAAGAAUUUGACCUCAUGCACACUGAGGAAUGCAUGAGGGGGAGUGUUCGACUGAGUA